CGUUCAAGAAAACAUAACCGUAACUGACAGCACACGAUAAAGGCUUCCAUCAUACUACAAUCUUCACUGUCACUUUCUCUGUCUGUUAUUCAGCCAAACAAACCAUGAAAUCCUUUCGCCAAUUCAGCCAUUUCGGCUACUCAUCGUCGACCACCGUCACCUUUACUUUCCACGGUGACCACUCCGAUUCUCCUCCUCCUCCUCCUCAAGAAUCCAAAGAAAUCCCCGUCGAGACCCCUGUCCCAAUCACCGUCCACCUCCCCCAGGACAUUGCCGCCGCCAAGAUCCAAUCAGCUUACCGCGCCCGCGUUAUCCGCAACCUUUACAAGCAAAUUGCAGCCGUCAACUCCGAGGCCGACCGUCUCCAACUACUAAUCCAACGGCAGGAAACGGUUGACUCCAUCCGGAGCGACGACCGGGAGAAGCUGAGGAUGAACGAGACCUUGAUGCGUCUCUUACUGAAGCUCGACUCGGUGCCGGGGAUCAAUCCGACGGUGAGGGAAGCAAGGAGGAAAGUGAGCCGUAGGGUCGUGGAGUUGCAGGAGAUCGUGGAUGGGAUAUCGGAAGCAAAACUUGACGGCGAUGACGAAUGUUUCGGAGCGUGGGGUCCACGUGGGAUACUUUCGAUGAGGGAUUGGGAUAAAGCGGUGGAGGAGAUGGAGGAGCGAUUCUGCAGAGAGCGAGGUGGUCCGGAAAUGGAGAGGUUUUGCGCCGAGUAUUUGGGCUUUAGAUGCUUACAGAGGUUUCUUGGCGAGUAGUAUUACUGGUUUUAAUCGUCUGUUUUGCACCUUACUGUAUAUUCAUGUGUCCACGUUAAUCCAAAGGCUUCGUUUAAUGUACAGGCAAAAAUUUUGCAAUA